AGGAGACAAGCGGCGGCGGCGGGGGCUGUUCUGCGCGACCGCCUGGGCCGGGCGGAGCCCUGAAGGGCUAUGGCCGAACCGGCUCCGGUACCUCUGACUUUUGAGGAUGUUGCCAUUUACUUCUCGGAGCAAGAAUGGCAGGAUCUGGAGGCCUGGCAGAAGGAGCUUUACAAGCACGUGAUGAGAACCAAUUACGAUGUUCUGGUUUCUCUAGAUGGUGGACUUCCCAAACCGGAACUGAUAUCUCGGCUUGAACAGGGGAGAGAGCUCUUCAGGAAUUUAGGAGAACCACAGAAGUCGGGAAACUUCAUUUGCAACCCUGCUGAUUUGCAUUUUGAUCCUCUUAAUGAGGGGCAGCAGUUUUGGGUUUCAGGAAGCCAGCAAGCUGUGAGUUCAGGAGAACCCGAAUGCCAUUUUCCAGUAGAUCCUCUGGAGAGCCAGUGUUCCUCUGAACCCGUAUUAGGAAAAAGUGAAGAUGUUUCCUUCGGGCCAGACCAAGGCGUCACCCUCAUGAAGCCAGACAGGCAUGAUCCACAGGCUCUUCUCCCAGCAGUCCACUGUCCCAGGGAAGCCGCCCACAGAGAAAGAGUACAGAACCUCAGAACUCUGGGUCCCCCAGGCCUCCAGGAGGUACCCUCCCGGGAGGGUGCCCCACACCUUUGCCCUGUCUGCGGGGAAAGCUUUUGGAAGAAGAGUCACGUAGAGAAGCACCAGGGGAGCCACUCGAAGGACCAGCCCCGUGGAGCCUGGAAAAAAUUCAGCAAACAAGCUGACCUGAGGCAUCAGCGGAUCAUCACUCCGGGGCAGAGGCCCUUCGGAUGUCAUGAAUGUGGGAGGAGCUUCCGCCUAAAGCAGGGUUUGCUUAGACAUCUGGCUGCACAUGCAGGGAAGAGCCCAUUGCAGUGCCCUGAAUGUAACAUGCGCUUCCAUCAUAGGCGGGCCCUGCUCAGCCACCACCUUCUGCACCAGGGGGAGAUGCCUUCCCAGUGCUCCCGACAUGACACAAACUUCCUCCCAAAGCCUUGCAUGCAGGCUCCCCAGGGCCGGCACAGCAGGACGAGGCCAGUCUGCUGCAGAGAAGGCACCGAGGCCUGUGAGGAGGCCCAGCUCAGCAGUGUGCACUCAGGAGAGAGGCCAGGCCCACGUCCAGCUCGUGAGGGGCACUGCCACCUGACUGGGGGUCUGGAGGUCGCCCUCCAGCGCUGCCCUGCCAGGGAGAGGCCAUUCUCUUGCACGGCAUGCGACAAAUGCUUCUCUACCAGGGCCAAGCUCACUGGCCACAUCAGGGUGCACACGGGAGAGAAGCCCUUCCUGUGCCUGGAGUGCGACAAGAGCUUCCGCCUGAGCGGCCUGCUGAAGGUCCACCAGCGUGUGCACAGUGGAGAGAGACCCUUCUCCUGCAGGAAGUGCGGCAAGGGGUUCAGCAAGCAGUGCAAACUCGCCGAACACACCCGCGUGCACAGCGGGGAGAAGCCUUUCUGGUGUGGUGAGUGUGGCAGGAACUUCCGCCAGAGGGGACAGCUGCUGAGGCACCAGCGUCUGCACACCGACCAGAAGCCCUUCCAGUGCCCCGAGUGUGAGCUGAGCUUCCGCCUGAAGAGCAUGCUGAGAGCCCACCGGCUCCGCCACAGCGGGGAGAGGCCGUUCUCCUGUGGCGAGUGUGGCCGCGGCUUCACCCACCAGUGCAAGCUCCGUGAGCACCUGCGCGUGCACAGUGGGGAGAGGCCCUUCCAGUGCCCCGAGUGUGACAAGAGCUUCCGCCUGAAGGGCAUCCUGAAGGCCCACCAGCGCACCCACAGUGCGGAGAGGCCGUUCUCCUGUGCGGAGUGCGGCAAGGGCUUCACCAGGCAGUCCAAGCUCACCGAGCACCUGCGUGUGCACAGUGGGGAGAGGCCCUUCCAGUGCCCUGACUGCGACAGGAGUUUCCGCCUCAAGGGGCAGCUGCUGAGUCACCAGCGCCUGCACACAGGAGAGAGGCCCUUCCAGUGCCCCGAGUGCGACAAGAGCUAUCGCGUGAAGGCUGACAUGAAGGCCCACCAGCUGCUGCACAGAGGGCAGAUGCCGUUCUCCUGCGAGUGUGGCAAAGGCUUUGCGAAGCAGUCGAAACUCAUCGAACACAUUAGGACACACACAGGGGAGAAGCCUUUUCAGUGUCCCAAAUGUGACAAGAGUUUCCGCUUGAAGGCUCAGCUGCUUAGCCACCAAGGCCUUCACACGGGGGAGAGACCUUUCCACUGCCCUGAGUGUGACAAAACCUUCCGGGAAAAGGGACACAUGCUUAGGCACCAGCGCAUACAUAGGCCAGAGAGGCCUUUUGCCUGUGGCGACUGUGGGAAGGGCUUCAUUUAUAAGUCUAAACUUGCCGAACACAUCCGAGUGCACACAAAAUCCUGCCGUGCUCCGAGUGGGCCUGACAUUCAGAAACGGCUCAGCCAGCUGUUUGCAAUGAUCGAGGCCGACUGGAGCUGAGACGGCGGCCAUCCAGAGCAGGCAGUGGGUUCACGGUGCCCUGGGAUCCGCAGCCACCAGAGCCAGACCCACUCUGCACAGGUUUUAAGAAUGGGCCUUUUCUGGGCAGGAAUGUAUUAUGUUCGGAACAUGAGAAACCCCUAAAGAUUUUCUUUCUUGAAUCGUCACCAGUUAUAUUUCCUAUUCAUUGAUAAAAAUAGACAUUUGUUUUUCCUACCAUCUUAAGUGGUCAUUGUCCUCCAAAGGCUAAGCUAGCUUUGAAAUCCCUGCUUGAAACAAGAAAUCCCUCUGGUACUGGCUGUUAAGUGUCAACUCCCCUUUUUUCUUAGUAUGAUCCUAACCUGGGGGUUUAAAUCUAGUGAAUUUUGUUGCAGGCCUGAUAAUGACAUUAGAUAUGGUUUAGAUUUAUUUAUUUGGAAACUGAUCGUAAUAAAAUGAGUUCUCUGAAUCAUGUUCACGUGAGUGCUGAAGUCUCACAGCAGUUCCAUAGUGAUUAGCAUAGUCCCCUCAAGGAGAGCCAGUUUCAGAAAGGAAGUGGGAGAAAAUGGAUUGUACACAUACUAGCCUUUUGCCCAUUUUUCUGUAGAACUUUUGUCCUUUUAUUUCCUUCAAUUAGUGAAAAUCAUAUCUAUAUCUUAAUCAUAUAUACGUAUAUCAUGUAAAUGUAGGGAGAAGAGAGUGGGAGAAAGAAGGCAUGCAGAUCAAAGGGAGAAAGUACACCAGAACAUUUUUUUUUUGAAAUUUAGAAUGAUAGGGGGCAGAACGAUCCCCCCACCCCCAGUGUUAUAUUUGAGGAAACAAAGCCACAAUAAUGUCUCAUCUGCAGCCUCAUAUGUAGUUAGUGGCCAGGCUGGGGCUCUGGGUGACUCUCCAAGAGGAAGACAUAAUCUGAAUUAUAUUUUGAAUGUACUUGACCUUGGAAUCCUUUUCUGUUUUCCUAAUAACUGUGAUCUGUGGAUCUUCUGCAGGACUCAUUUUGGAAAACAUUACUAAAAAAUAGUCUUGGCUCCAACAAAGUAGCCCUUACUCUGUUCAGAAGCGUGAGAAUCCCAGGAAAUGGAGUCUUGGGUUUUAGAGAAGAAAGAAAACAUGCAUUUAAGUCGGACUAAACUUCAGUAAGUUUUAGAGCAUCCUGCUUCCUCAAGUGAUGGGACUCUGCGGGUGCCCUCAGAUGGGAGUGGUGACAUCUAGGUCGGGCAGAGGGGCAGUCCGAAGUUGCUGGAGGACAAAGCCCGCUCCACUCAGGCCAUUCAGGCCUGGAGGAGACGCCCUCUAGGCUGCUCCGACUGACCGUGAGACCUGCAGCCCUGGCCCAGCCAUCAAACCUGUUCUCCAGCACUGAGGUCAGGGAGGGCCUGCAGGGAAAUCCAUGCAGGAUCCUGGACUGUUCCUUGAAGCAGACUGCUUUUUAUCUGUAUCCUUCCCCUGCGUGGCCCCCAGAGGGCGCUCUGCGAGCACUUGCUGAAUCAAUGGAUUAACGCGGGUCCUACACAUAGUCCCUGAUUUUAUAGUCAGCCCAGGGUUUUCUGAGUGUUCCUGUUCCUCUGAAACUCAGCUUGUGUGAUGGGAAUACUGUUGGUGAGGUACAGAAUGGAAGAAAGAAGAACAGAACAUUAUGGCUGAGAAAAAGAAAGGAGUCCCAUAGGGAGACAUAUGAUAGUAUAAUACUAAAUUGCACUGAUAGAGAUGGUUACUUUAAAAACGAUUCUUUAGAAAAUGGUAAGGAUGAUUGCAACUCUUAGUUUAGUUUUAAAUCUUUGAAAGAUCCCCAGGGGUGACAGGAACUCAGUUUCCUGAUACUUAUCCUAAAUUGAAACAAUGUUCCCCAAGAAACAUGACCAUUUCUUAUUGCCUUUUUCACUAAUGCUAAAUAAAUACAUAAGUAAAUGGUAUUCAGGGUAGAAUCGUUGGAGAUUGUAAUCUAACUCCUUCAUUUUAUGGAGGAGGAAAGUAAGUUACAGACAGGUUCAAG